GCCAACAAAGAGUCAUUCACACCCCUUACUUGAAGUCUUUCUUGACAGAAUCCCUAAACCGAUCAUGGUCCAUUACAUUCGGUUUCUGCGCACACCACAGACCAAUGUCGGCAAGAAGUCGGUUGACAUCUCUGCUGUGGUCGCCGUGACUACCGAUUUGGGCGAUUCCCUUUAUCCCCUAGAUGCUGACCUCAUCGUAGAGGUUGUAGAGACUAAUCGUCCUCAUGGAGUGCUUCAUACACAGACUAUCAAGUGGCAGGCUACUUCGAGAGCCCUCAAAUUCGUUGCGGGUUGCCCGGGAAAGUACAUGUCAAGAUCUGCUCGACUCCAUGUGACGACCAACGAGACAGCAUCUACUAUUGCAUCUUUCGGGAUUCCCGAGAUCCUUGAUGUCUGGAGUCCGGCCUUCGCCAUGGUUGAUAGGCAGCGAACUGAACCUAUUGUCGAACGGCAGCUGCUCUUGCCCAACAAAAGCCGAGUCUGCAUGUGGGAAGAAACGGGCGACAGUAUCGCGCGACAUAUCUGGGAUGCUAGUCUAGGCUUCUUGAUGUACUUUGCCAAAGCCUUCAACCCUCCGGCGGUCGAUGGUGUUACCAAAUUCACCGCUCUGCUGACAACCAGCAAGACGAGACAUUUACGGGUUCUGGAAUUGGGGGCUGGCUGUGGCAUUGUGGGCAUCGCUUUCGCUCAAUCUGUCAAGUGUGAUAUGCUCCUUACCGACCUGCAAGAUGCUCAGGAGAUCUUGGCGAGCAAUGUAAAGUCUGCGGCGCCGCUGGCAGGAUCUAGUGUCCAAGCAGAGGUGUUGGAUUGGGCUUCGGGCCUUGACGAUAGUUCCAAUGUGAAUUACGAUCUCAUCUUGGUUUCGGAUUGUAUCUACAACCCUGACAGCAGUGUCCACUUGGUAGAGACUUUGAGGCAGUUGGCCACUCGUGCACCAAAUGUGCUUGUGCUGGUUGGAUUCAAAAGACGACACGAAGCCGAUACAAUUUUCUUUGAACGGAUGCAAGACACCGCCUUCCAACUCACAGAAACACUCAAUAUUGCAUUGCCUCACACAAUCACUGAUCAAGAUGUGGAACAUCCCACGAUCGAAUUCUACACCUACGUUUAUCGACCCUCGGAAGGAUGA